GUAAAUUGCUAGACCACUCCUCUUCGGCUCUUCUCUUCUCUCUAUUUUAUUCUUCACAGGCUAUUACCUUCUCUCUCUCUCACUCUUCACUGUCUCUUCGCUCUCUCUCUCUUGCUCUUCCUGACGUCCAUUGACUGCACAUCUAAUCUACCUAUUUGCUUGCAAGCUAAUACUGAAAAAUAUGGGUAGACAAAGAGAUGAAUUUUGGGAUCAUGCUAAGAAUGAAAAUGGCCGUUUCGAAUGUAAUUAUUGUAAACAAGAUUUUUCUGGAGGUGCAUCAAGGAUUAAAGCACACUUGGCUGGAAUACCAGGUCAUGACAUUAAGGCAUGUAAUGCCGUGCCUCAAGAUGUUCAAGAAAAAGCUCAAGCAACCCAAAAAAAAAGAGAAGCUCAAGUAACUCAAGGGACGAACAAAAAACUUAAAAGUGUAUCAACCUCGGCUUCAAAAUCAAAAACUAAGACAAUUAAAAUUGUCACACAGGGUAAGGAAGAAUAUAGGGCUGAAAUUAUCCUCAAUGAUGUUAUGGACAGACUAAUAGCCAAUGUGUCUUCACUUGCCACUAAACAUAUCAAUUUUGAGUUGAGUUUCAAGGUGGAUCUUCUUGAAACAUUAUUCAAGAUUAAAUUUGUGUUAGGUGAUGCUCAAAAGAGGCAAUUGAGUGAUGAGUCUAUGGGGAUUUGGUUAACUGAGCUUAGAAAUGUAGCUUAUGAUGCCGAUAAUGUGGUCGACAAGUUUAGCUAUGAGAGUUUUUGGCAAAAGGUACGGAUUCAAAAUCAAAUGAUGGAUCAGGUAUGCAACUUUUCAUUAUGCAAUUUUGGUGAAGUUAAGGCCAUCAAACAAUCGUUGGAUAAAAUUGUGAAUGAUGUAGCUGACUUUGGUCUUAGAAUGGAGUUGGUGAAUUCAAUCCCCAAAAUCAGCUUGGACAUGAAUACAGACUCCCUCCUUGAUGAUUUAGAAGUUGUAGGAAGAAAACACGAUAUCAAAAAAAUAGUAAACUUACUUAUCAAUUCAAACAAUCAACAGGUUAUCUCGGUUCUCCCUAUAGUGGGUAUGGCAGGUCUUGGAAAGACAACUUUAGCAAAACUUGUGUAUAACCAUGAACUGAUAAAAAAACAUUUUGAUGUACUAGUAUGGGUAUAUGUUGGCAAAAUUUUUGAUGUUGAAGAGAUAUUAAGAAAGAUUCUUAAAUCACUUAGCGAAAGCUUGACUUAUGAUUUUGAUAAAGUUACUUAUUAG